UCUAAUCUGUGCAAUUUUCACACAGAUCAGCCCUCAAUCUUUUUUUGAGAGGAGUGGGAUAAUAAACUUCCCUGCAGUAGUAGAUACCCAAGGGACUUCAAAUUGGCCUUACUCACUCCACGGUGCUCCUCACAAGACCGUUUCCAUCCCUUUCAGAGCAUUGUGCCUUCAGCAAAGUGGACGGCUCCCAGCAUCGGAUCUAAGAGAAUAAGAAUGGAGGUUAAGGUAUCAGUGGAGGGAGUCCCACGUGUUGUCUGUGGAGUUACUGAGAAAACCACAUGCCAGGAAGUAGUCAUAGCUUUGGCUCAAUCCCUUGGUCGUCCUGGGCGCUACACACUUCAGGAGAAAUUCAAAGAGUUUGAGCGGAAUGUGACGCCUAAUGAACGGCUUCUGGAGUCUCUUGAGAAGUACGGCCAGCAGGCCAGAGAGAUCCAGCUCACCCUGCUGCACAAUGGGCCAUCCCUCUGGGAAGGGCCUAGCAGAGGGAAAGGCUGCAGAUACGAGGCUGGCCCUCAGCUUAGGAGAGCAGAUGCUGGGGGCAAAGUACAAAGGGUUAGCGGUGGGCUUAGUUUACACCGUCAAAGCCUACCUCCCUUAUCGUGCCUGCGGCAACAAGCCGAACAGCGACCGGAAGAACCAAAAAGGCCCAAAAGAAAGUCCCUGACCCUGAUGGAGGAGGCUUGGGGAUGGCUGGAGAGCAUAGGAAGGGGCGCAGUGAACCAAUCAGGCCGCGAAAAGGAUAGCAGGAUGGACACUGUUAAAAGGGAUGGUUGUUCCCUGAACGUUUCGGUCACUGUUGCCAAGGAUCCCUCCACUCCUGGGGUUUUACAGAGCAAAUUUAGAGAAAAGAGUGCUAAGUCCACUGAGCACCAGCGAAUCUCCUGCUGCAUGGGAAACCAGGGCAGGGACAGAGAGAAAAGUAACCUUUGCAAUUCUGAUGAAGGUAAUGAUAUCCAACAUGUUAAGAAACACCCAGAGGUUAGCAUGGCAAAGAUAAAAGCUGAGGGCCAGCAGAAUCCAACCAGUGCACUUAAGAUGGUUGAUGAGAAAAGGAAGUUAAGAGCACUAGUUGCUAUCCAACAGGCUAGUCUGAAAGAGCUGCAGGUCCAAAUAACCUGCACGGAUAGCCAAAUUCAUGAGCUGGAGGAGCAACGAAAGGCCAGGCAAGCUGACCAAGAGGCCCAGCAAAAAAUAGUGGAGGAGGCAGAGCACCUGGAAUUUUGGAAGAAUGAGCUGAAGGCCGAAGAGGGAUAUGAGAAAGACUUGCAGGAACAGUUCCUGGAGAUGAAGGUGAAAGCUGUGGAGUGUAAGACCAAGUUGGAAGAGUACAAACGCAAAAUGCAAGGUCUUGAUUCUUCAAGGGACAGGAGAACUGUUCAAGAGGAGCAAGUGAAUGUUCCAAGCCAAGAUGCCACAUCUCCUGCUACUGCAGGGUGGAAAAGGCUGAAUGAGGCCCUGAAUCAAUCAAGAUCUCUUACAGUCAGUGUGGUAAAUACUGACAGGAAGUUUGCACCCAGAGUGGACUCCAGUCAUCCGCAUGCUGUAGUUCUUCCAAACCAGAUCAAGGAAUUGCAGCCCUCAGGGCCAAGUCAGCUUAGGGACUGGUGGACAUGCUGGUCUGAAGCUCAGAGUCCAAAUCCAGAAACACAACCAAGGGUUGUGCAUCUCUCUGAAAUAAUGAUACAUCUGGGCAGCACCAGAGUUUGAAAAGAGGUAGAGGAAAAACAGAAACUUACCUGUAAAAACCAAACACAAUAUAGAGUUAGUGUUCAGGGAGGACUGUGAAGCAACAAACAUUAGGCACAGAC